AUGGAAGUGGAUGAAAAUGAUGUAUUAGAAAAUCAAACACCAAAAAAAGAUACUGGAACUACUCCGUGGAUAGCAUCAUUGCCGAAGAACAAUGUGGGCGAUGUGCGCGAUAUAUCCAAUCAAGCGUUCUGGACUUUAUCCAGUUGUAAAACAGAUGGAUUUGGUAUCCAGCAGUUGUUAGAUGAUGAUUUGGAACAAUAUUGGCAGUCAGAUGGCCCACAACCGCACACGGUUACAAUAGAGUUUAGCAAGAAAACAAAUAUUUCAUACCUGUUACUAUAUUUGGAUUACAAAACUGAUGAAUCUUAUACGCCUAGCAAGGUAGUUGUACGUCUUGGUUCAUCGGUUCUGGAUGUAGAUGAAGGUUUAACAGUUGUGUUUUCCGAACCAGUUGGUUGGCAGGUUAUCGAUUUACGCGACGCUGAUGGAGGUCCAUCUCGAGCUUUUGUAUUGCAAUUGCAAGUUGUACAGAACCACCAGAAUGGUCGAGAUACUCAUAUCAGGCAAAUGAGGAUAAUUGGACCGACUCGAGCACGAUUGGACACUGGUAUAAAGACAUUGAUCAAUGCUGGAACAAAUAUAAGCAAUGUUCCAUUGAAAUUUACUUCUCAGAAAAUUGCACAAUUUACUAAUAUCCGCUGA